UUGCCAAUUUGCCAUACUGAGAGGAAGAGAAUUUGAGAAGAACGAGAAUCGAGAAAGUCGAGGAUCGAAGUCGAUCGAAGUGUUGAACAACGAAAUCAGUAUCACAUAAGCGGUCAGCUUCCAUUUCUUUUGUUUCAAGUGACAAAGAUUUUAGAGAAAUGUCUAACAUGGAUAAAGUAAUGCAGAGUGAAGCAGCAAAGGAUUGGGUGAUGAUUCCUGGAAAGAACGACGGCGAUGAACCUCUUUAUAUUUGCAAGGCUACGGGUAAAGUCUUCGACAAGAACGGAGAAUCGGCAUCCAUUCAGUUUUCUUCAGGUGAUUCAGACUUGGAUGAAUCAGAAGUUGGCGCAAUUGGAACUUUUGGAAAAUUCUUGAAACAAUUCCACAUUCCGAACUAUAAACUUAAGCCUCAGAGCUGGACUGAAUUGGCUACUUUGUACGCAUCAAAGCAAUUACCUGAAUCAUGGGAAUCUGACUCGGAAGAUGAAACCGAAUCCGAAGGAUGUACUGAAAUGCCAAAGACAAAGCAAACUGUUGACAUGGUUUCGUCCUCCCCGUCUAAUGGUCCUUCUCUCUAGGAACAGUUGACUAUUAAAGAACAUAUCUCGUUUUCUGCAUGUUAAAUAUCACUUUGUUGUUCUCUUUUCGGAUACAGAAUGUGGACUAAUGUACGUAUCUUCCCGAAGUUCAUGGCCUCUUGUGCCGUUUAAUAAAUUCAGAUAAAAACCUA